AUAUCUAGCGAGCUUUAUUGUGACCUUCAAAGCAUCGAAUUUGAUCGACUAGAUGUUACAAGCUUUUGUUUCAUGGACCUCAGUCUGAAAACGAAGUUUGUACACAGUAAUGACUGCGAGGUGGUUAGUCCCUUCAGUCAGACACUCAAUACAUCGUUUCUUUCUGUAUCCGUCCAAGCGAUAUUUGAGCUGGAAGAAGCCAUUGAUAUCUGCAGCGUGAAGCAAGCCAUAAAAAAUAUUCUUUUGCCAAGCAACCCCCGGUUUUGUAAUACGAUGAUCCAAGAUAGACAUGGAGAGCUGUAUUGGAUUAAAACUGAAGUGAACGUGGAUGAUCAUGUAGUUGUUCCAGAAUUUCCUCACGGCCAAAGUGAAUAUGAUGAGAUUGUGAAUGAUUAUAUUGGCAAUAUACAUCUUACACCUCUUGCCCAGUGCAGGCCUUUGUGGGCAUUUCACCUUCUAAACUACAAUACAAGCAGUGCGAAAGCCACAUUGAUUAUAAACAUGCACCACUCCUUAGGAGAUGGUAUUACCCUAAUGUCCUUACUACUUUGUUGUGUGACCAGAGCAGACAACCCCAAUCUCCCUCUUAACUUUCCUUCACUUAAAUCUGCAGCUCACAAAACUAUUCCAUACCAUACAUGGGUUUCCACUGAAUUUGUGUAUUACAUAUUUCAGAGGCUAUUUGUGCUUGUCCUUGUAAUUUGGUACACUGUGUCUGAUCUCAUUAGCAGCUUCCUAAGAGUUAUAUGGAUGGAUGAUAGCAAGCUGCCCAUUCGAGGACCUCCUGGUGUUGAGAUGCUGCCUAAAAUCAUGUCCUCUACCACUUUCCUCAUGGAAGAUGUCAAAAAAAUAAAGAACUAUGUCGGAGGGACGGUAAAUGAUGUGCUAAUGGGUGUAAUAUUCUGUGGAUUUCAACGAUACCUACAAAUAACUCUUUGUCAAGGAGAAAUGGCAGAAGCAAGGAAGGAAAUGGCGAAGCAAAAAGUAACAGGGAUUGUAGCCGUGAACACGAGAGCAAUAUCAAGACUUAAUGAUAUAAAAGAUCUGCUGAAACCUAACAGUCAAUCUCCUUGGGGAAACCGCUUUGGGAUGGUACAUAUCGCCAUCCCUGUAGCUAGUGCAGAUAGUCCAUUAGACUUCGUACGAAAAGCAAAACAAACCAUGGACAGAAAGAAAAUGUCUCUUGAAGUCUUCCUAACUGGAAGAUUACUGUCUUAUCUAGGCCGACAGGCAUCUGCUACUGCUAUGUAUAAUACUCUCGCAAACACAACAAUGGUAAUAACGAAUAUGAUUGGCCCGACGGAUAAGAUAGCAAUCAAUCAAAUUCCAGUUAAGAGCAUCUCUUUCUCGGUAUCGGGGCUUCCUCAGACGCUUCUUUUUACGGUAGUGAGCUACAUGGGAAGAAUAAGGUUGCAAGUGAUUGGCACCAAAGGUUAUAUAAAUACUGAUACUAUGACCAAGUGUUUUAACGAGUGCUUUGAGGAGAUGAAGGAGGCGACCCUGGGAUUAUGAAGAUAACGUAAUGGUUAUUAUGUAGGAAAAUCUAUAUGUGUGUUAGAAUUAAUAUACGGUAGUGUUAUGUUGAGUGGGUGUUAGUUUGGAAGUUUUUCCAUACGUGUACAUGUGUUCAUGUCUGUAGAUUGUUAUAGUUAAAUUUAGUUUGAUGUUGAACAGUUUCGGUUAGUUGUCAAUUGCUGUUAAUUAUUUUUAGUGUGCUAUUAAAUAAAUUAAUAUAUUUGCAAGCUACAAAUAUAUAUCAUAUUGUUUGAUGAAUAAAUUGACAAUUCAGUCUUUCUGCUGUUACACUCACUUUUAUUUCUUAUUGUCUGCAUUAGAGUUGACCCAAGAAUGGAAAGGGAUAUAGAAUAUUUUUUUCAAAAA